GUGUGGAUGUAACAAAUGUUUUUAUUUUCUUUUGUUUUAGCUUUUAUGACCGCAGCAUCCUAUAUGCGACUCAGAGAGAAGAAGACUAAAUCAAUCGAGUUGUUGCCCGUUACACCAAUAUUCGCACAUCAAAUGAACGUUGAAAAUAAACCGGGAUACUUCUCCGAUGUGAUUGUCCAUUGUGAUAAAAAAGCCCACAACGUAAAUACUUUAUUAGACCUUCGAGGCUGCACUUUUGCAUACAGUGAUGAGGAAUCUCUUAGCGGAAGUAAGAUUGUUUUGAAAACACUGAAAGAAAAGGGAGAAAAUGCUUCGUUCUUUGGAUCACUAUUGAAAUCUGGCUCUCAUUUAGCGUCAGCUCAAAUGGUAUUGUCGAAGCAAGCUGAAUGGGCCGCGGUGGAUUCUACAACUCUGUUAUAUUCUAAAAAAUUUAUGCAAGAUGGAGGAAAAGAUAUUAUACAAUUAGAAACACUUGGACGUCUUCCACCCUACCCAAUAGUGAUUAAUGCUAAAUUAGACGCUACAAUUAAGGAUGCAAUUACUAAAACAUUGUUGACUUUGCCUCAAACGCCAGACUGGAAAAAGAAGUUUGCCAAGUUUGGAAUUAUAAAGUUUGGAAGCAAUAACGAUGCCGCUUAUGAUGGGCCGGCUGCACAGGUGUGGGCCAUCUCGAGCGAGAAACUCAACGUUAGGUAUUAUUAGAGUGCUCUUAGUAAUCUCACUCUUGUAUGUCAUAUACAUUUUGUACAUUGAUUAUACUCCUAAGGAGUCUUAGUUGACGGGAUGAGAAUAAUGCAAAUAUUUUAAAAACAAUUUUAUAUUUUGUUAUAAAAAAAUAUAGUAAUGCAACACUGGAUUUACAAAACUUUAGGCACUGUGUUAUUAUUUAUUAGAUUCCUCCUUUUCUGGCUUUUGUAAAACAAUGUUUAGGGACAUAACUUGCUUCCCUUUUUUGCCGGUCUCAACAAGAACACCGCGCGGUAUUUUGAUCACGGCUAAUGCUCGCGGGGUACUUUUAGGUGGAGGUUUUUGAGAUGGAUCUUUCUGCAAUGUUCAAGGCAGCUAUACUCAAUUACCUAUUAAACUAAUUUUCAAAAAAUAAAUCAAUUAAUCAAUAAACAUACAGUAAAUUGUUCUGGUCAAUACUAUAAUUACCACCCUCUACAUGGUAGACCGUGUCUUAAAUGCGAUGCUAAUUCAAACAAAUUCAACAAAUAUCCAACGAAAAAA